UGCAGAGUGGCUCAGUGUUGGUUGGGCACAUCACGCCAACAUUUGGAACCAUGGCAAUUAUCAUCUGUAACUCCACGUAUGAACUCCAUGGCAACAGAACCAUCACCUGUAAUGCGAAUGGCACCUGGACCGAUAAUGGUCAGACUUGCAAAGAAUCAACGCCUACCAGUGAUACAACGACUACCUGCAAGUCUUCCAAUAGCACUGUGUAUGUCGCCAUCAUCGGAGUGCUUGGCGCGGUCCUUGUUGUUCUACUGAUCCUGGUCAUCUAUUUGGUAAUGCGCCCUCGUACAACAGGCCUUGCAACAAUCAUGGAUAACUCGGGAGCUUCACGGGAAGUUCUGCGUGGGGCGGAAGCUUCCAGCAAGGCCAGCAAGUCAGUAGCAAGUCUCGGAGGGGAUCAAUACGUAACAAUCGGUGACUCGUGCAGCGCUGAGACCAGCAACGACGGCGAUCAGCAAGGGGACACGGGAACUGGACCUGAGGUGUAUUCUGACAUUGCCGACGUCGUGGUGAGGACGCCCGCUGCCAAAGAAGCGCCCAAGCCAGUUACGAAGCAGCCGGAUCUACCAAUGACCGAUGAGACAGAUGUGUACAGUUGUGUCGACGAUCCAAAGCCGAGACCAACGUCAGAAGUUCAACCUAAAGGAGACUUUGAUCAGUACGCAUAUGCCGCAGUCGAUGCAUCGAAACUGGACAAACAGAAGGCAGCACCCAAGCUAUCCCACCUGGUGCAGGAUGACGACCGUGUUCCAUUUACAGAGCCCCGCACGCCCACCACCGAUCCAUACACGUCCUUCCCACAGUCGGACGAUGAGCAGGCUGAUGAAGAUAUGUACGCCAUGGUCGACAUGAAGAAGAAGAAAAAGAAACCGGCCAAUUAGGCCCCAUUGUUGUUAUGGUUACACCAGUGCGAUGUGAAGGUAAUUAAGCCCCGAAGCCGCGUUCAGACAACACCCACCUCACGAACAUUCACAGUAACCCAGUCCUCUUUUUGUUUGACACGUGAUCACACAUGAUCUAGCAAUAAGUUUCAUCACAAACACUUUCGGCUUUCCAUUCACAUCUUGUUACAGUCGUGGAUAGUUGCUGCUUAAUUCGUUCUCAUGUGGUUCUUCUCUUUUUUUUAUACAUUUUAUUACUGGUUCAGUAUCCGAGUUUGAUUUCCAUUCAUUCUACUUUUCAGUCUCUCAUUUUUUUGCGCGCUCCAUCUAUAACCUUGCUCCUAGACUUUCAUCGGACUGCAUGCUUUGGCCACAUAAUAUGCAAUCUGCUAGCAUUUAUUUGCAAGUUCGGGUAUCCUUACGCCCAGUUGUUUUCAUCUGUCGAAACCCAUGCCAGGGGUCAAAUUUUGCCUGGAUGCUACUUUCCAUUUCGUGGGUGUUCCUUCCUGAUUAUAGGAUAUGAAAACACUUGCCAUUGUGUUAUUUCUACAAGUACAUUUGAACACUUAAACACAUUGCUUUGGUUGUUACCUAUUUCCAACGAGCUGCAUUCAACGUUCAUUGCAUCGACUUGUACACACCAGGCUCUCUGUUUGUAAUAUCCAAAUUUAUAGCAGCAGUUCCAUCUUUUUACUUGCCGUACGAUGCGCAUCAGUUUGGGGGCAUAACUGCCCCCAACAAAUGCACGGUAUCUCCCUUUUAUGAUUCAAUGGGCAUGUCCACUUUGUUCUUUUUCUCCUACACACAUUAAACAUUUAAAUCUGA